GCGGGCGAAGGCCAAGAUGGAUCCCAACAGGAUCAUCCAGGCGCUGAAGGGCACCAUAGACCCCAAGCUGCGCGUCGCCGCCGAGAACGAGCUCAACCAGUCCUAUAAGAUCAUCAACUUUGCUCCAAGUCUGCUGCAAAUCAUAGUAUCCGACCAAGUUGAAUUUCCAGUGCGUCAAGCAGCUGCCAUUUACCUGAAGAACAUGGUGACACAGUACUGGCCGGACCGUGAGCCACCUCCUGGAGAAGCGGUUUUUCCAUUUAAUAUUCAUGAAAAUGAUCGUCAGCAGAUUCGGGAUAACAUUGUAGAAGGAAUAAUUCGUUCUCCUGACUUAGUGAGAGCCCAGCUGACAAUGUGCCUCCGUGCUAUCAUUAAACAUGACUUCCCUGGCCAUUGGACAGCAGUGGUAGACAAGAUAGGAUACUACCUGCAGUCUCCAAACAGUGGGAGCUGGCUUGGGAGCCUCUUGUGCCUCUAUCAGCUGGUGAAGACUUACGAGUACAAAAAAGCAGAGGAGCGAGAUCCUCUCAUAGCAGCCAUGCAAAUAUUUUUGCCUCGGAUUCAGCAGCAGAUGAUUCAGCUUCUGCCUGAUAACUCCCAUUAUUCUGUAUUGCUUCAGAAACAAAUCUUAAAAAUCUUCUAUGCUCUUGUUCAGUAUGCAUUGCCACUCCAGCUGGUGAAUAACCAGACUAUGACUCAGUGGAUGGAGAUCUUUCGUACCAUCAUUGAUAGAAAUGUUCCACUGGAGACUUUGCAAAUUGAUGAAGAUGAUAGACCAGAGCUGGUGUGGUGGAAAUGCAAGAAGUGGGCAUUGCAUAUUGUAGCUCGUCUCUUUGAACGAUAUGGAAGUCCUGGAAAUGUAACUAAAGAAUACUUUGAAUUCUCAGACUUCUUUUUAAAAACCUAUGCUGUGGGCAUACAACAGGUUCUCUUAAGAAUCUUAGACCAGUACAGGCAAAAAGACUAUGUUGCACCACGUGUUCUUCAGCAAACGUUGAAUUACCUGAACCAGGGAGUAAUUCACUCUGUAACAUGGAAGCAAAUGAAGCCACACAUACAGACUAUAACAGAAGAGGUGAUAUUCUCUCUGAUGUGCUACAAAGAUGAGGAUGAGGAGCUCUGGCAAGAGGAUCCAUAUGAAUAUAUCCGCAUGAAAUUUGAUGUAUUUGAGGACUAUGCAUCCACAACAACAGCAGCACAGAAUCUCCUUUACACUGCUGCGAAGAAGAGAAAAGAGGUAUUACCAAAAAUGAUGGCAUAUUGCUACCAAAUUCUGACAGAGCCAAACAUUGAUCCAAGGAAAAAAGAUGGAGCUUUGCAUGUUAUAGGAUCCCUAGCAGAUAUUUUACUGAAGAAGAGUGUUUUCAAGGAUCAAAUGGAGCUAAUGUUACAGAAUCAUGUGUUUCCCUUGUUCAUGUCUAACCUGGGAUACCUCAGAGCUCGAUCCUGUUGGGUACUUCAUUCAUUCAGUGCUUUGAAAUUUCACAAUGAGCUGAACUUGAGGAAUGCAGUAGAGCUGGCAAAGAAGAGCCUGAUUGAUGAUAAGGAGAUGCCUGUCAAAGUGGAAGCAGCCAUAGCCCUUCAGACCUUAAUUAGCAACCAAGAGCAAGCCAAGGAAUAUGUGAAGCCUUAUGUAAGGCCAGUGAUGCAGGAGCUCCUGCACAUUGUCAGAGAGACAGAAAAUGAUGAUCUCACAAAUGUUAUCCAGAAGAUGAUCUAUGAGUACAGCCAGGAAGUCGCUACUAUUGCUGUGGACAUGACUCAACACCUGGCUGAAAUAUUUGGUAAAGUACUUCAGAGUGAGGAAUAUGAGGAAGUAGAGGACAAAACAGUUAUGGCCAUGGGCAUCUUGCAUACAAUUGACACAAUCCUGACAGUUGUGGAAGAUCACAAGGAGAUCACUCAACAGCUCGAGAGCAUUUGUUUACAGAUCAUUGGCCUUGUUUUGCAGAAACAUGUUAUAGAGUUUUAUGAAGAAAUUCUGUCCUUGGCCUUCAGUUUAACAUGCCAGAUGAUUUCACCUCAGAUGUGGCAGCUUUUAGGUGUUCUGUACGAGGUUUUCCAGCAGGAUUGUUUUGAAUAUUUUGCAGAUAUGAUGCCUCUCUUGCAUAAUUAUGUGACCAUUGACACUGAUACUUUACUGUCUAACCCAAAGCAUUUAGAAAUCAUUUACUCUAUGUGUAAAAAGGUACUGACAGGAGAUGCAGGAGAAGAUGCAGAGUGCCAUGCAGCCAAACUCCUAGAAGUGAUUGUUCUUCAGUGCAAAGGACGGGGUAUUGACCAGUGUAUCCCCCUUUUUGUGGAGGCUGUUCUGGAGCGCUUGACUCGAGGAGUUAAAACAAGUGAGCUUCGUACCAUGUGUCUUCAAGUUGCCAUAGCUGCACUCUACUACAAUCCUGACCUACUUUUGCACACCUUGGAGAACAUCAGAUUUCCACACAAUCCUGAGCCCAUCACUGCACAGUUCAUAAACCAGUGGAUGAAUGACACAGACUGUUUUUUUGGACUUCACGACAGAAAGAUGUGUAUAAUAGGACUGAGCAUCCUAAUGGAAUUACAGAACCGACCACCUGCAGUGGACGCUGUGGCUGCCCAGAUUGUUCCUUCAAUCCUCCUCCUCUUCUUGGGCUUAAAACAAGUUUGCGCCUCACGAGAGCUCACAGAACAUGAGGAUCAUGCUAAAGAUGAAAAACACUUUGCAGAAGAUAAUGAAGAGAUACCAAGCGAUGAGGAUGAGACAAAUGAAGUGAGCCAGGCAAUGCAAGAGAACCAUGGUGGAGGAGGAGGUGGCAGUGCUGGAGGUGGAGAGGAAGAGGAUGAAGAUGAUGAUGAUGACUGGGAUGAAGAUGCAUUGGAAGAGACUGCUCUUGAAGGGUUCAGCACACCUCUUGACCUUGAAAAUGGUGUCGAUGAAUACCAGUUUUUUACACAAGCACUUCUAACGGUGCAGAGCCGGGAUGCAGCCUGGUACCAUUCCCUGACUGCGCCGUUGAGUGAGGAUCAGAAGAAACAGCUGCAGGAGAUUUACACAUUAGCAGAACACCGGAGAGCUGCUGCAGGAAGCGUGAGCAGGAUAUCAUGAUUACAUAAUUCCUUGCCUGGAAGUGUGUGUUAUUCAGAAGACUAAGACAAUAGAACAACAAAGUGGCUACACAUUUGACAACAAAGGACUGAUCACAGCAUUUAAUUUUGCUGGAAGUACUCCCAGUGGCAACUGAAGAAUCGGCUACAAAGGUCAAUGGGAAGGGUCUCAUCAUUACAUUUUCUUGAAACCAUCGUGACUUCUGAGUGAUAGGGGAGAGUAAUUUAAUGCUGCUGAAUGUUUUCUGGAAAAUAGUGGUGUGCUUCCCCCACCAGAAUGCUCUUUCUAACCAGCUACUGUAAUGUACAAAUUCUUGUGGUGUUUUUAUAAUUUGAUGGACUGAAAGGAAACGUUUGUCCUCAAAGAACCUGGAUGACCAGGAGGGGCCAGGCUGCAUCUAAUUGAGUUGCACUUCUCAGGUUUUUGCUGUGCAGAAUUGAUAGAUUCAUAUGGAUAACAGUGCCUUCUGUUGUACAUGGAUUGCCUGAACAAAUGGAUUUUGGAGUGCAUUAUAAUUUUUUAAGUGUAAGGAUAUUUCUUGAUACACUGUAAGCCUUGGUUCCAUGUUUUCCAAUCACCUGCUGUUCACAGUUCAGUUUAAUUGUUUGUUGGUUGCAUACAAAUUGCUGGAUUAGAAUAUUAGCACAUCUUCCCUAUUUGGUGCAGACCAAAUGUGUAGAGGGAGGUGUCUGUUGGAGUUGCAAUGCAUACACUGGUUAUGUCAAAGGGUCUUAAAACAUGGCAGGUUUUCCCUUGAUGCAGUAGUCUUAAAUUGUUUCUCAUAGCCAAGAAUUCAACUCACUUGAGUUACAAUGGCUUGCCUGGCAGGUGGCUACCCUAAACCUACAUCAAUAUUAGCUCCUGCCUGGACAAGUCGUGUGGCCCUCUCAUGUAGAUGUUCUACAUGGCAACUUAUUUCUGUUAUUAUUGAUGGAUAUUGGAUUAUACGUGGGAUAAUCUCUUUGGUUUUUAUUCAUUCAUUACCAUUCCAGUGGUAGUACUGAAUAAUGUGGUACAAAAUAUUUGCAAUAUUUUAUUUUGAUAGAAGAAGAAAAACUUCAAACUUCUUACUGUUACACUCUGUGAUUGUAUUUCUGGUCUGCAUUGGAGUUGAUUAUUCAUGUUCCAUGCUGAAAUUUCUUUAUCUAACAGAUCUUUUUCCUAAACUUUGAAGACUGGUUUCACCAGUGGCGGUUUAGACUAGAUAUUGGGAAAAACUUCCUCAUGGGAAGGGUGUUCAAACAUUGGGACAGAUUGCCCAGGGAAGUGGGAAGAAUCAACAUCCCUGAAGUGUUUUAACAAUACGUGGCACUAGGGACAAGGUUUAGCAGUGAACACGGGGUUAACAGUUGUGCUUGAUCUUAGGAGUCUUUUCCAACCUAAAGGGUUCUAUAGAACAAGGUGUUUGUGGAAAAGUUCAUUUAGAGAGGAAGCAAUAGCAGUACUAAUUUGAAUAGGUGCCCCUCCUUUAGGUCUACUGGAAUCACAGUGGUGUAGCAAAAAGCAGUAGGGGUGCUUUAGAAUGUGAACUUUGGAUUGGAGAUAAAACGUUUAGACCAGA